AUGCAGACAGUCUUGUUGACUCAUCUUAAUCCCUUCCAACAAGAUCUAUUUUUUAAAAAAACAUGCUGAUUUUGAGGCCCCGCAGGUAAAUAACCUAAAUCUGGUAUUAAAUCCAAGAGCAGUGCAGUUCAGGUAGGAAUCUGGUGGGGAGGGGGCAUAAAAGAAGCUACUUUUUGUGUAUGAAUGUGUGGAUGUUUUGGAGCCUGGGGCAGAGGGGUGUGUGGUUGGUGGCUUCACAGGCUCAAGUUUUGAAGUGUCUGGAUUCACUUUUGUUUUGCCCUCGCAGGCCAUCGCGGGGUUGAACGGCAUGCAGUUGGGUGACAAGAAGCUUUUGGUGCAGAGAGCCAGCGUGGGAGCCAAGAAUGCUACCCUGAGUACAAUAAACCAGACCCCAGUGACCCUACAGGUACCGGGUCUAAUGAGUUCACAAGUACAGAUGGGUGGUCAUCCAACUGAGGUGCUGUGCCUCAUGAAUAUGGUAUUACCUGAGGAACUCCUGGAUGAUGAGGAAUAUGAAGAGAUUGUUGAGGAUGUCCGUGAUGAGUGUAGCAAGUAUGGUGUUGUCAAAUCCAUUGAAAUCCCCCGGCCUGUUGAUGGAGUCGAGGUUCCUGGCUGUGGAAAG